AAAGCCUAAACUAGACCCAUUCGAACCAAUUAAGUGAUACAUCGGUUGACACAAAGCUGCCCAAACUGCUCUCGUUCAAAUAAUCACGACAGAAAGCUUAGUUCCGGAGUCUCUGCUCUGACCACAACGGAAAAGAUUUGAAUUCGAAAUAGCCGAGACUAAGACCUACCUGAUCUACGAGGGCUCCGCUCUACAGAGAUUCGGAGUUCAAAAAAAUGGCGGACGAGGCUCCACAGCUUGAAAGCCGAACCUCUGAAGUUAGUGAGGAAGGCAACGAACUCGAAGAAGUAGAGAAACUGGAGGUUGAAGUGAAGCAAAUGGCUCAAAAAAUCGUCCAUUACCGGAAAACGCUUCCGGAUCAGUUCAAGAAAAGUGUUGCUUCGGUCCUUGCUGCUCAAAGACCUCUUCUUCCAAAUCUCGAUGCCACUGCUCAGCUUGGAGUCACUGGAGAUCGCGUCUCAGAUGCAGGAGAACAUAUUGAGUCAUCUAAAGGUACAUUAGUAGCAGAAGAGGAUCCUGAGAUGAAGGAGAAAAUACGGUUGCUGAAACUCAAGAUUUCUAUGACAUAUUCUUAAUGUGUUUGGUUCUCCUAAGAAAUGGGAGAUGAGAACCCCUGUUAUGUUAGCCCCUGUUAUGUCAAAUGCCUCAUUCAAGAGUGCCCGAGCAUGGGUUCAGCAAGAGCUUUAAGAUGUUAGAGAACUAGGUUCCUUUCGAAGUGUGUUGGUGUUUAGUGACGGAAAGACCGGUAUAGGCUUGAGAAUACCUAGUGUAAGGACGUGUCAGUGAAGAAGAUUUCAGGAUGAUGUUUCUGCAGAUCUCAUCAAUCUUCAAAGUCUUCAUCAGCCAUGAUCUCGACAGUAGUUGAUUUAAUAUUGUGUCAGAUGAUGCAUACUUUGUAUUGCUUGUACAUACCGUCUACAUGGUUCAUAGCUUAUUGACUAUGUGGAGUGUUGUAUACUUGUGAUGAUGUUUCAUGGUAGAAUUCCAAACGUUGGAGAUUGUGAGACACAUUAUAAAUUUUGUGUUUUA